ACUUAAAUUCAAGGUGAGUAAGGGCUCAAUAGCGAGGAAAGCUCUUCGGGGAAGUAACACUGCUCUCUUUUUUUGCUGCAACUACUUCCAACAAGAGGGCAGAAAUGAAACUUUGUGUUUUGGCAGUAUAGCUAGGCGCUGUGCUUCUGGAUCUAGAAUUGUGAACGGAUGAGGAUUUCUCCCCGACCCGAGCUACCACAAGUUGGAACCCUGGCUGCCCUUGGAGUGCCAAACGCCGCCUACAAACUGACGUCAGGAACCUGAGCGGGUGGCCUUGAGGCCAGACCACAGGACUUCGUGACCUGUGGCUUUCUCCGGACUUCUCUUCUGCAGGUGUGCUCAAGGGAAGACCGUGGGACUUGGGCUCUGAGUUCUUCCAAGGCUUCUCUUUUGCAGGUGCCCUCAACGUCAGAUUUUGGGAUGGCAGAGAAACGCCUAGGUCUGUUCAGGAUGAGAAAGAACAAAGGCUCUUCAGCUGCCUCAGCAAAGCAGCCUAAAGCAGCGGCACAGUCUCAGCCAGUGCAGGAUGGGAAGAAGCGGACACAAGAGCAGGACCGUGGCCACUCCGACAGAACACUGAAGAUGUUUCCGAAGUUCAUGUCACACAGAAAGACCAACAAAAAUACUGAGGGCACAGACAAGUUUGGCUCUAGGCCAACUGAUGUUAGCACAGCAUCAAUUGAAUGCGCAGAAAUGACUAACUACGUAGUGAAGGCUGACCAGGUGCCAGCCAUGGUCAGGAUCAUGCACGAGAGACUCUCAUCCCCUGUGACUGCCGACGUCAGGCUAUUCAUGAACAUUCUGAGGAUGGCUGAUGAACACCCUCCUGGUGUGGUGCUGACUCUCCUCCGCUGUGCCCCAACGUGUGAUAGAGCUGCUGCAAUGAUGUGGAGAAACAUAGGCUCAUCGAGUCCCACAGUAGAGAGGGUGCUGCCAACACUGCUCAGUGUGAUGGAGGAUUGGCCUCUGCACAGCAUGUUCACUUCUGAUGGGGAUGACACAGGUGUCUUUGCCCUGGCUGCAACUCUGGCGCUCUGGGUGAUUAUCCAGGUGCCCAAGUGCCAUGAGGCAAUGCACAAUUAUGCCCCCCACCUGCUCGUGGCUCUGUUAGUUCAAAUUUUUGACAGCACAGAGCAUGGUGCUGAGGAGGUUGACGCCUUUUGGAUGCAAUGCCAGGAAGAACACCACCUUGACACAAACCCCAGCAGAUUUGCAGUGCAGACCAUGAAGGCUCUGCUCUGCCGACUGCAGUGUGACAAUGUGGUCACGGAAAUGGGACGCAAGUGUGGCUGGGACACGUUGCUCUGUGCCCAGACCCAGCACUAUGCCAUGGGUCUGCUGGCCAGGGAGAUGCGCCGUGACUUGAUGCCCUUGUGUUUCCGCAUUGCAUGCCACCUGCUUGGGCUGCUCAGCACAGCGGGGCAUCGCUGGGAUCGGCCUUUCCUGGCAUUUCUUGUGGAGGUCUUCGACUGCCUGGACUUGAGUGAAUGUCGUGACAGAGUUCUGGAGAUGAUGUCAAGAUAUCUGCAGAGCGAGUGCAGGGAGAGGGGUCGCCUGGCGCUCAGAGGCCUCAUGGUUCUCAUCAAGGAUCCCUUAAUAGCCAGAAGAAUGGGCAUCCUGUCUCAACGGCUUGUGGAUGUGCUGGGUGAUGCAGACAGAGAGGUGGUCAGGCUGUCCCUCUCCGUCUUCAUGAAUGUUCUCCAGUACAAGGAUAUCCUGAUAUCCAGCACCACUGCCCCAAAGCUGGCUGAGGCACUCCUACCGCUCUUUGACCAUGACCACAGCCAUGUGCAGCUCCUCUCCAUUCAACUUUUUGAAAAGGUGAUGGACUUGGUAGUGGAUCAGGGAAAAAAGCCCCUGAAGAGAACUGUGAGCCAGAGCCUGCUUCCACUCUUCUUGCACUGCCAUGAUGAGAACCAGCACGUGGCAAAUGCCUCUAUGGAAACACUGCUUUGUGCAGCCAGGUUCCUGAAGAAGAGGAGUCUGAAGCAGGCGGUUAAGAAGGAGAUGCCGAUGAAGUUCGGCAAAUGCCUGCUGCAAGAGAACCGGAGCCGAGCGGCCGAGCUCCUGCUCCAGGCCCUGCCAUACCUGGAGAGCCCCCAGGAGCCCCUGCGAGAGGCGGCCAUCAGGUUCAUCGGGAUGGCUGCGCGGUACCUGAAAGGACAGCCAGGAGAGCUUCACGUUCUCAGUCAGGCCCUUGAAGCCAUGAGCAAAGAUGACAGCCCAUCCUCCACUAACUUGGAAAUUCAAGCAAUUUUUGGACAAAGAUGUGCAGAACUAAGGUCAUCUGCUGGAUUCGGAGAACCAGUGUCCCAAGAACAGUACCAGGAGCCAGUGAAGAGAACAUCACCACUGAGUGUCACUGGAGAGCCAGGCAUGGAUGAUGCCAGGCACAGCUGAGCCAGUGGGAAGCUCUCAUAGCUCCUGCCUUCUUCCUCCCUGUUGACAGCUCCCUCCCUCCAGCCCUCAGACCCUUCCCAUCGCCUUUUUUUUUCCCCCCAUCUCAUCCCUUCACUUCCCCUUCCAUUAAUAAACAGUUUGGUUUCUCCCCCUUA